AUGAAAAUCGCCUAUUUGUCUUUGGCCACCGUGGCCUUCGUAGUCGCAUCGGUCUCCGCCGCGCCAAUCGCAAAGCGCGCUACUGACGACAAGCUCGUUGUUGGUUACUGGGAUCCCUGGGGCGAUGUCCCUGUCUCGGCCGUCGACUUUACCAAGUACACCCACAUCAACUACGGAUUCGGUAUCCUCAAGAAGAGUUCUCCAAGCCCUGCCGAUAUCAUCUUUGAUCGUUACUACGACGGAACUCCCAUGCGGGAGCUCGUCAAGCGCGGAAACCAGGCCGGUGUCCCCAUCCUGAUGUCGAUCGGUGGUUGGACUGGGUCUGAGACCUUCUCCACCGUCGUCGCCAGCGCUUCUCUGCGCAAGACUUUCAUCAACAACGCCUUGGUCUUUGUCCGCAAGAACACUCUCGGUGACAACGCCGCGACACCCGACGGCUGGGACAUGGACGGAAUCGAUAUCGACUGGGAAUAUCCCGGACGUGCUGGCGCUGAUUGCAACACCUACUCGCCUCAAGACUCCGCCAAUUACCUUCUCUUGCUCAAGGAGCUGCGCGCUCAGCUGGACGCCGAGUUCCCCUCCAAACACAAGUUCAUCACUGCUGCUGUCCGCGUCCAGCCUUUCGAUGGCUCCAACGGCAGACCCCAAACCGAUGUCUCCGCCUUUGUCCCGUACUUUGACUGGAUCUCCCUGAUGGUCUACGACAUUCACGGCUCGUGGUCGGCUACUACUGGCCCCAACGCUCCUUUCGGCACGCCCUCGCCCCCAGGUGAGCCAUUCGGAGUCAUCCAGGCUGUUACUUCGUGGAAGUCCGCUGGCUGGCCUUCGAGCAAGCUGGUUGUCGGUACCGCCUUCUACGGUAGCGCUUUCACCGCGACAGUCAACAUGGAU